AUGCUUUGGCAGCGCGGUUCAGAAGCUCCCAUGGACACAUCGCCCGCUGGACCUCCUCCACCCAGCAUAUUCGAUAGCGACGGCUCGCAAAGAUGGUCAGCUCAGCCUUCUACUUCUCAAAUUCCACAGGACACCGACAUGACCGACGUGGAAAUGUCGAGCCUGACACCACCCUCGCGCAGGGUGGCCCGUCUCCCCUCUCACGUCACUGAUCCCAACGAGGAGCUAGCGGAUGACUCGAUGAGCAACGCCGACGGUCUCGCCCACAACAGCUCGUCGUCACGGCAAGGUCGGACUGAGGUAACUGCGGCAGCGCCAUCCCAGCAUGCCCGACGUAAACGCAGCGUGCUCAGCAGGAAAGGAAAGCGUUUGGCUCAUUUACAAAGCCGCGACCUAGUCCCCGCUUCCAAGAGCUUGUGCUCAACCUACGGCGACAACGAUCGCGACGACGGCCUCGAAAACGAAGAGGAGGAGGAUGGAACCAGCUUUGAUGCCGAUGAGGACAACGACGAUGGUGAAGAAGAGGAGGACAGCGUUGCAAAUCGUCGCAAGGGAACGCCCAGUCGCAUUCGAUCCAUCACCAAAUACGCCGUCAACUACAUUCUCCCAAAUGCAGUGUCUCCGCUACCUCAUCAGCCCAUGGCCUCUGCCGCAACGGCAGUGCACCACAUGGAUAAGCCUGAGCUCUUGCUCGGCUACGCACAGCUCAUCUUCAACGCCAGCAUCCUCUCGACAUUCCUCUAUCUCCUCUACCACGUGGUUCGCACGGUGCAAAGGGAUGUUGCAGAGAAAGUGCGGGCUUACGAGAUGGACACCCUGUCCGAGAUCACGGCGUGUGCUUCUGCCUACACCGCGAAUCGCUGCGGCACUGACCUGCAGGCGCCCGCGUUGGCAAGCGCAUGCAAGAACUGGGAGCGAUGUUCGGCUCGAGAUCCAGCCGUGGUUGGCACAGCUCGCGUCACCGCCGAGACCUUCGCCGAGAUCCUUAACGGUUUUGUCGAUUCGGUCAGCUGGAAAACCAUGUUGUUCACACUUAUUUGCUUUUCCAUUGUGGUUGGGGCUACCAACUCGUUCUUGUCUUUCUUUCGUAUCAAGUCACGAUCGCGUCGUCAAGAUUCGGAUCGCAGCUCGCAUCAGCCCCAACACGUAUCUGGAGGCCACAUUGCCGCUAAUUCGGCUACACAUGCGAUCGCUGGAGGUCCAUCGCAAGAGGGCACACACGCCAGCGGCAUCGCGGCUUACUACCAUCCUCAUCAGCAUCAUUUAGACUAUGCGCCAGCUCCCCAUUACGCUUAUCCAGCAUGGCAACAGCUUCCACCUUCGACCCCGUCGCGUAAGAGAAAUCGUCAACCUGUAUAA